ACAACAAAUUUAGUCAUCUCAUAAAUUAGGGAACACAAGAAAAAUAAAAUAAAAAACAUUUUUGUUUUUACUACUCAAAAAUACCACUCAAAGAAAAUGAUGAUGAACAAAGUUGUUUUGGGUUCGUUUCUGUUUUUCAUGUUGGUGAGUUCGAAUUUUGUGGUGGAGGCUCGUCCUUUGGGUUUAACGAAGGCUGAAGAGAACCUCGUGGCUAAGUUCUUCGAUGGUUUGUCACUUGGGGCGAUUAAGGAGUCGGGUCCUAGCUCUGGUGGUGAGGGUCAUCGGUUCGUGGACCGGACUGAGACGCUUGAAUAUGGUAAGCAUUCAGGUCCCAGCACGAGUGGACCCGGUCACUAAGUUCCCGACCGAACCAGUUAAUGUGGCUGCUUUGGUCUAGCUCCGGAAAUUGAUUGCUUUGUUUAGUUUUUUUUCAGAUUAAUUAUUCAGAUUUUUCUUUUUAUGCUUAGAACUUGGGAAAAUCAAGAAUUGGAAGAACCUCAUUUGUUCUCUGUAGGAAUAUUCUUUUGUUAACUUAUUGAAAUUCAUUUGAUAAUAAUGUACAAUGUAAUAUAUAUUGUAAUUAAUUUAUUAUUCUGAUUAUGUGAAUGAAUAACUGGAUAUUCAUGUUUUU